AUGGCAUGGUACUCUAUCCUCCCACCCCAGCUCAUCCAGUUUGAGAGCUGGGCUGUCCGUAUCUUCUUCCUCCUCGGCCUCAUUACCAUUGUCCCCUGGUUCGCCAUGCUCGUUUUUGAUGCCGGCCUAUAUCUCUACCGAAUGAUCCUUUGGGAGUUUCCAUGGGUGGGUGGACGAGCUCGUGGACACCAGCGCCCCCGCGCGCCGAGCUUACAAGAACGACCAGACGGACAACGACGCGCAUUCGGGCUGAAAGGCGUGCAAAGUGACUCGGGUGACAGUUCUCGGGAGUGUGUAUCGGCCUCGAAGAAUAGUGCUGAGAAAGAGAAUGUGGCCCCGGCUACCGAAGGUCCCGCACAUCCCAGCACAGACGGAGACGUGAAGCGUAGGACCUCUGGACGAGCAUGA